GCGCCGGGCCGGGCCGGGCCGGGCCGGGCAGACGCCGCAGAGCCGUCCGGGUCUCGGGCCGGGCCCUGCUCCGGGCGGGAGGCCAGCGCGGCCCGCGGGGCCGGGCCUCAGGCUCCGGACGCCCCUUGCUCCACGGGGCUCGAGCUGAGGGUGAUCCCUGCCCGCGCUCGGCCCGUCUGCUCCCCGGGGCUCAACCCCCGGGCUGAAGCGGCUGGGGUGGGAGGCUGAGGUGCGAUGGGCACCCGGGCUGUCGGGUGAGCGUGCGGGGGAAGCCGGGCGCUGCUCUCCCGCCCAGCCCCGGCUGCAGCCCCGGCAGGAGCCGCCGCGGGCCGGGCGCUGCCGCCGGCCGGGAGGCCGCUGCCCUAGGGGAGCCGUGAGAGCGAAAUAACCCGCGGAGGUCAUGCAUGAUGAACUGUUGCUGUCGCAUCCCUUGUGCUUAUUAACCUUGAAUGAGUCUUCAUUGAUGGAAGAAGGAUCUAGUUACUUUUUGAAGCACCGUGAAUUUUUAGCAUGCAUAGUGUCUGACGGGAAGAGUGCCGCAGAGGCUGCUGGCUGGUUAAUAGGCUGUAAAGAUCCACCUCCCUUGGUGCCUUGGAACCUGCUACCUGCUGUCUUCAUGCAGGUCCCCUGGUUUUCCUUCCAGAAAAGAAAGUGACAGUGGAUUGUCCUGCAAGUCCUCAUCUGUUGGAGGGAGGAGAAGCAGCUGGAACUGACCCUGGAGGCACUCAUCAGUCAGGUGGCUGACCUGAAGAACUCCUUGGUCAGUUUUAUCUACAAGCUGGAGAAUGAGUAUGACCGACUCACAUGGCCUUCAGUUCUGGACAGCUUUGCACUGCUCUCAGGGCAGCUGAACACCUUGAAUAAAGUGCUAAAGCAUGAGAAGACCCCACUUUUGCGAAACCAGGUUAUCAUACCCCUUGUGCUGUCUCCAGACCGCGAUGAGGAGAUCAUGCGGCAGACAGAGGGGCGCGUGCCAGUGUUCAGCCAUGAGGUAGUGCCUGACCAUCUUCGGACUAAGCCUGACCCUGAGGUGGAGGAGCAGGAGAAGCAGCUUAUCACAGAUGCAGCUCGGAUUAGCCCUGAUGUGGCACAGAAACAGAUCCAAAGUCUGAACAAAAUGUGCUCAAAUCUGCUGGAGAAAAUCAGUAAGGAGGAGCGUGAGUCUGAGAGUGGAGGUUUACGACAGAACAAGCAGACUUUCAACCCUGCAGAUACCAAUGCCCUGGUAGCAGCUGUGGCCUUUGGGAAGGGAUUGUCAAAUCGGCGACCCCCUGGCUCUGGGGGAUCUGUCCAGUCAGGUCAACCAGGAGCUGGUGCCAUCAUUGCAGGUGCUUCAGGCAUGCAGCAGGUCCCAAUGUCAGGUGCAGCAACUCAGCAGCAGCCAAUGCUGGCAGGAGUGCAGAUGACACAAGCAGGACAGCCAGGAAAAAUGCCUAGUGGCAUAAAAACAAACAUCAAAUCUGCCUCAAUGCAUCCCUAUCAGAGAUAAGGUGAGAGGAACCAGACCCCAGGAACAGUAGUUACCAGCAUUGUUCCUGCUGCAGCCACACCACAUAAGGAUUCCUUCUGGGACUUCCAAGUCCCUUCACACACACCAUAUCCAGGCAGCCAGGGAUUAUGGGCCCUUCACUGGCUUUUAUUUAGCACUGGGUGGCUUGUGUGAAGCUGCUGGUUGCCACAUUUCCUGGACACGAGUACUUCUCUGUUCAGUCAGAGCAGAGGACUUUGCUUCUGAUAUUGACCCCAUCUUCUGGCCUGGAGAAUAGCCACCUUUUCCUGAUAUAGAACCUGAAGAGCUGCACAGAGCACUGUGCUCCUUGUUUCUGCUGGUUCACUCAACAUGUUCUUUCUUUAGUCCCUCUUGUUGAAUAAAGAGCUUGUUCUGCA